GGAAGACCCAAAAGCGAUCCCUUCUCCCUCUUAAACCCUCGCUGUCACCAGCCCUGAAACCACAAGCUGCUUACUCCGCUCCGGCGAACCACCACAGCAUCUGGCUCCGAAGCCCUCCGUAGAGGGCGAUCUCAGAAAGGGAUUGAUAAUUGAAGCAAUUCACAAGAUUGUGGAGCAAAAUCAGCAGACAGAGCUAUCUAACAGAAGACUAAAGCAGGAAAUUCCAAAUGAAUCAACCAGUCCAGAAGAAUACCCUCUAUGUUGGGGGGCUAGCAGAGGAGGUGAAUGAGUCGAUACUGCAUUCGGCAUUCAUACCUUUCGGGGACAUAAAGGAUGUGAAGACACCAUUGGACCAGGCAACCCAGAAGCAUAGAUCCUUUGGGUUCGUUACCUUCCUGGAGAAGGAAGAUGCAGCUGCUGCCAUGGACAACAUGGAUGGUGCUGAGCUCUAUGGUCGAGUCCUCACUGUUAAUUAUGCCCUUCCUGAACGUAUUAAGGGUGGUGAACAGGGUUGGGCUGCUCAACCCAUUUGGGCUGAUGCUGACACAUGGUUCGAACGACAACAACAAGAAGAGGAAAUGCAGCGCAUUCAAGCUGAGAAUCGGGCUGCAAUGCAGGCAGCCGAGGAGUUACACAGAAAGAAAAUGGCACAGGAACGGGAAGGGGAGAAGGACGAAGAAGUAGAGGGCAAGGAUGAUCCCAUGGCAAGGGUGGAAGCAGAGGUCUUGAACCAGAGUAACAGUUCUUAGCAACCAAAAGCAAGCACUCAAGUCCCGGAAAUGGUCACAUUUUCAUCAAGAAUUAUCCCCCCCUUGUUCUUUCUCACAACUCACUGCUCUGGGAUGAAACUGAUAUAGUGGAACAAAUACUUGCAUUAUCAUUUCCCAAUGUUAUGUUUGGUUCUUGAAAAA